AUGACUUCCAAAACACACUCUUCAUAUUCUAAACCAAUCGAUAUCCAUCGCUUGGAUCGGGAAAUACAAGCCAAAUUAACUAAUAAUAUGACUUUGAAAACGAAAAUAACAACAUUGACUAAUCAGAAGCAAACCCAGGAGCUUCAAGUUCGUAAAUUGGAAGAUGACUUCCAAAAUUUAAAGAAGAAACUUCAACUAAUAAAUAAUUCUAUUAAUGAAUUAGAAUCAAAUUAUAAAGAAUCAUAUAAUCAGUUAAGUGAUGAAUUUGAUAUCAGCUCCAAGCAAUUAAAUGUUCAAUUCAACCAACGUUUGAAUGAUUUGAAAGAGAAUGUAUCUGCAUUGGUAGAACAUCAAAUCAAUAAAUCAAUGAAUAUACUAUUAUCUCAAAAGAAACAUUUUGAAAGUGAUGUCACUGAAUUGAAACAAGCUAAUGAAUAUCAAAAAUCGGAUUUAAUUAGAAAAUUGAUCAAACUAAAAGAAGAUUUUAAUAAGAAAAAGAUUCAACUCUUUAACCAAUUAGAUGAAACUUUAGAUGGCUUAAAUAAUGACAUUAAUACAAUUAAAGAUACUAUAUUAUCAAAAAUAGAUGAAAGAGACGCUUUGCAGAACGAUUUAAUAAAUAACUUACAACAGAUAAAUAAGAGAUUGGUAAAUAAGUUAAGUCAAACCAAGUCAACUUAUGAAAAUAAAGAAUUAGAAAUUAAUUCAAUUAAAUCUUCAAUAAUAAAAAAUCAAAAUGACUAUGAUAACUAUCAAAAUUCAAUUAAUGAUAAAAAAAGUCAACUUGAAUUAUUUAAAAAAUCAAUCUUAGAAAUAAAUUCCACUUUAGCGUCAAAUGAAUUCAAAAGAAGAGUGCUACAUAAUAAGUUACAAGAAUUAAAGGGGAAUAUAAGGGUUUAUUGUCGAGUAAGACCAACUGCUUCCGACGAAUUAUCGAAUAUAGAAUAUCCAGAUAAUGAAUUCAAUGAUGAUGCUUGUCAAGAUUUAAUCAUUUCAAAGAAACAGGAGUCUCAUUCUUCUUCUUUACAAUUUGGUAGAUUAUCAAGUAAUACUUAUAAAUUUCAAUUCGAUAAAAUAUUUUCUCCAGAUAUAAAAAAUGAAGAAAUCUUUGAUGAAUUAUCUCAGCUCAUUCAAUCUUCGUUGGAUGGUUACAAUGUUUGUGUUUUCGCUUAUGGCCAGACUGGCUCAGGUAAAACUUGGACAAUGUCUCACUCGGAAACCGGUAUGAUUCCUCUUUCAAUUAAUAAGAUCUUCGAUGAUAUAGAAGAUUUGAAAUCGAAGAAUUGGACUUAUAAUUUAGAAGGUCAAUUCGUCGAAAUUUACAAUGAAUCAAUCAUUGAUUUAUUACUGGACUCUUCAUCAAGUCAGGGGAAACAUGAAAUUAAGCAUGAUGAUAUUAAUUUUAAAACUACAAUAACUAAUGUAACCUCAAUUUCAAUCUCAUCGAAAGAACAAGCUCAUUCGAUUUUGAAUCGUGCUUCCAAAAAUAGGUCCACUGCUUCAACCUUAUCCAAUGAAAGAUCUUCGAGAUCUCAUUCAAUUUUCAUUCUAAAACUAAAAGCACAUAAUUCAAAAACUAAUCAAGAUCUUGAAGGUACACUUAACUUAAUCGAUCUUGCAGGUUCAGAAAGGCUCAGUCAAUCGCAAGCAAAAGGUGAUAGGUUAAAAGAAACUCAAUCAAUUAAUAAGAGCUUGUCGAGUCUAGGAGACGUGAUCUAUUCAUUAAAUUUGAAAAAUCAAAAUAAUAAUCAUAUCCCCUUCCGUAACUCAAAAUUAACCUACUUAUUAAAACACAGUCUUGGAGGUGACCUGAAAACUCUUAUGUUCGUCAACAUAUCUCCUUUACAAAAAAACUUUGCUGAAAGUAUAAAUUCUCUAAGAUUUGCUACAAAAGUUAAUUCCACUAAAAUUAAAUAA